AUGGUGAGUCCGGUCUGGAUCUACAUCUCCCACAGCGAAGCGGAGCGGGCUGAGGGCGGCCGCCGGGGGAGCGGAGCGGCGCGGGCUAAGGGCGGCCGCCGGGGGAGCGCUGCUCCGGGGGCGUCGCCGCCGUGUGGGGGGGACGCCGAGGGAGGGCUGCUCGGGGGCUCACCGCGGCACGGGCUCACGUCGCUGGGAGGGGGCGCCGGGGAGCGGGCAGCCGGAGUGGGCGCGGUGGCAGGGAUGCCGGGGCGCCGGGGAGCGGGGGGAGUCGGCGAGCCAGGCAGCCGGGGGUGGUCGAGAUGCCGGGCCGCCGGGGAGCGCGGGGAGGCGGCGAUGGGGCCGGUGGGCUUGGCGCAGGGGCCGGUGGACGCAGGGAGAGCGCGGGGAGCAGGGAGAGCAGCGCAGUGCCGAGCAGUGCCGAGCCAGGAGCUGGAGUAG